AUGCAACCUGAAAUACUCAUCCCUGGCACUGAGCGUAUGGGUGAAGAUGGCAGGGAGAAGAAGGCAUUAAUUCCCCAUCCAUCUUCCGAUCCACAAGACCCCCUCAAUUGGUCAACGACAUGGAAACUCACUGUAAUGGCCAGUCAAUGGCUAUUUACUUGGAUUUCAGUGACAGGUGCACUGUCGAUUGCACCUAUGUUCCCAUUGCUCGGCAAAGAGUUCCAUUUGAAUAACUCUCAACUGUCGAUGCUCACUGGCAUCACCGUUAUCACCCUUGGCUUCGCCAAUUUUUUCAUUGUCCCGCUCAGUAACAUCUUCGGUCGUCGCGCAGUGAGCUUGGCCUUCUCUGUGUUGAUCAUGCUUACCUGCAUCUGGGAAGCUCUGGCGACAUCUCAUCGUAGUCUCCUUGCAGCUCGCGCACUCAACGGUCUUGUUUGUGCCACGAGCGAGUCCAUCCCUGUACAGAUGAUCGCCGAUGUGUUCUUCCUGCACGAACGUGGAUUAUGGACUGGAGUGUAUUUUACUGGAUAUUUCCUCGGUGCCUUCCUUGGUCCAGUGAUGAGUGGAUCAAUUGCCGCCCAUCAUGGCUGGCAAUCCUUCUUUUGGCUUGAAACAGGAUUGUCUGCCUUUGCCAUUUUCAUGAUUGCCCUCACUUUCCCCGAAACCAAGUAUCAUCGUCAAAAUAGAUCAUCAGAGCAUGCUCUUGCUUCUGAGUCAUCUCUUCGGGCAAGCGAGAAUGGAAGCCCCAAUGAUGGCAGCGAGGCUGAGAAGCAACUGACCCAAAGUCGAGUCGCAGAUUCAGAGAACAAUUCCAUCACAACACCCCCUGUCGGACAAGGCCGACCUUCCCGUGAGCAGUUCAAGUUAAUGCAGAAAGCCGACUCGCGGUGGAAAGCAUUCAUCGUACGCGACACAUGGACUCCCAUCAAGGUCUUCUUCAACCCAAUCAUCUUCUGGGCUGGGCUUAUGCUUGCUGGCCCCGCUGAUCUAGUCCUGUUCUUCAACAUUACCGAAUCUGUUGUUCUUGCUGCACCACCUUAUAAUUUCAAUCCCCAACAGGUCGGCUAUACCAACUUCGCAUUCGUCGUCGGAGCGGUUCUUGGCCUUGCUACCGCCGGACCAUACUCGGACUUCGUUGCUGCGCGCGCGACACGUCGAAAUAAUGGCAUCCGAGAGGCCGAGAUGCGUCUCCCUGCUAUGACGUUCUACAUGGUCAUCACAAUGCUUUCGCUCAUCCUCGGCGGUAUUGCUUAUCAGUACCAAUGGGCGUGGGGUCACAUCAUCGUAUGGGGCUACGGAUUCGCCGGUCUCUCAGUCACAACCGUCCCAACUAUCUGUAUUGCCUACGCCAUUGAUUGUUACAAGCCGAUCUCCGGAGAGAUCAUGGUUGUCGCGACAGUGUGCAAGAACUUCAUCGCCUUCAGCUACAGCUAUUGGGUCUUCGAUCUAGCGCAUACUAGCAAGGACGGCUGGAUCACCCCAGCUAUGGUUAUCUUCGCUUGCACCGUGGGACCUGCUUUGUUUGCGAUACCGUUGUACUUUGGAGUUGGUAAGAAGAUCCGCCAUUGGACGAGGAACUCUACCUUACACCGCAUGGAGGAUUUGAUCUGAAGGAUUUGGGGAUGAUUACGACAUAUGGGUAUUGUUUAAUGAGUUUGGCAAGAC